AUGAAGGAUCCGGGAAGCUUUACAAUUUCGGUAUCCAUUAAAGGUCAUAAGAUUGGACAAGCACUGUGCGACCUUGAAGCAAGCAUUAAUUUAAUGCCACUGUUAGUGCACAAGAGGUUGGGCAUGAGAAAAGUGAGGCCAACUACAGUCACAUUUCAGCUAGCAGAUCGCUCAAUUGCAAACCCUGAAGGAAAAAUCGAGGAUGUACUGGUACAAGUGGAUAAGUUUAUAUUUCCAACUGACUUUAUUGUUCUUGAUUUUGAUGCAGAUGAGGAACUGCCAAUCAUCCUAGGGAGGCCAUUCUUAGCCACGGGGCGUGAUUUAAUGGAUGUGCAUAAAUAUGCUGUGGAGUAUGUGGUCUUGCGAGUGUUGGAUGAAGCUGUGAUGGAAUCGCUCAGUGCAGAGACAAUGUUGGAGCAGCAUAACAGUGAAGUGGAUAAUAUGCUGGAUAAGGUAGAUGAAAUAUGCCAAGAAAUCCUCUACUUGGACUGCGAAGGAGAUUUAGCAAGAUCAUGGUCAAUUGUUCACGAGAGCUUGGAAUUAGAGGACAUCAAAUGUAAGCAGUUGAAACCAUCUUUCGAUGAGCCACCCGAAUUGGAGUUAAAAGCCCUCCCGCAACAUUUAAAGUAUGCUUACCUCGAAGCAUCCAACAUGUUGCCUAUUAUAAUUGCUGCAAAUCUAACUACAGAAAAAGAAAACGAGUUGCUGGCAGUGUUGAAGGAGCACUGGAAAGCCAUUGGCUGGACAAUCGCAUAUAUUGUGAGGAUAAGUCCCAGUUAUUGCAUGCACAAGAUUGUUUUAGAAGAAAAUUGCAAGAACUCAGUAGAACCACAAGAGAGGCUUAACCCUGCGAUGAAGGAAGUUGUAAAGAAAGAGAUUAUAAAGUGGCUAGACGCUGGAAUUAUAUACCCAAUCUCAGACAGUGAAUGGAUCACUAUUGCGCCUAAAGACCAAAACAGGACAACAUUUACAUGCCCGUAUAGAACUUUCGCCUUUAGGAGGAUGCCCUUUGGUCUGUGCAAUGCUCCAGCCACAUUUCAGCGCUGUAUGAUGGCUAUCUUUUUGGAUCUAGUUGAAUUACUGGUAGAAGUCUUUAUAGACGACUUCUUAGUAAUCGGAGCAAGCUUUGUUGAAUAUUGGAAGCUUCUGUUCGAGCUAAUGUGUAACGCUAGUGAUUCUGCAGUAGGAGCAGUGUUAGCGCAAAAAAAGGAUAAAUUGUUACAUCCAAUCUAUUAUGCCAACAAGACACUGAUAGAGGCUCAGAUUAAUUACACCACUACAAAGAAAGAGUUGCUUGCGGUGGUGUUCACCUUUGAAAUGUUUAGAGCCUACCUGAUGGGAGAGAAAGUGAUAGUCCACACUGAUCACGCUGCUUUGAAAUAUUUGCUAACCGAGAAAGAUGCAAAGCCAAGGUUGAUUAGGUGGAUUUUGCUGCUACAGGAAUUCGAUGUAGAAAUAAAGGAUAAAAAGGGGUCAGAGAACUUAGUAGCCGGCCAUUUGUCUAGGAUUGUAGGAGCAGACUAG